AUGAAAAUAGAAAACAGACUGGAAUUCCUUGCAUGGUAUGACAUUCGCAGAAACGACAAGUUUGAUUUUCAAUAUAAACUCUUAAAAUACUGCCGAUCAGACGUGGACAUAGAUCCUUUUGAAAAAUGCCUGACUAUCGCAUCGGCGUGUAAUCUGGUGUUCAGACGAAACUUUCUGGAACACGAAAGUAUAGGUAUUAUUCCAACACAGGGGUACAGGCCUAAAGAGAAACAGUCUGUUUUAGCAUACAAAUGGUUGGCUUACUUUGCAUACCAAAAGAAUGUACACAUACAACAUGGUCGAAAUGCUGGUGAGAAGGUCAUAGGCCCUUACAAAGUUGACGGAUACUACGAAACUGAAGAAGGAGAGAAAGUUGUUUUAGAAAUGCAUGGUUGCUUUUGGCACGGUUGCAACCGCUGCUUUACAAAUUACACCAUCAAUCCUGUGAAUGAUAUGACAAUGGGUGACCUGUAUGCCAGAACAUUGGAUAAGCAACGCUAUAUAGAGUCUCUAGGAUAUACGUACGUGUCCAAGUGGGAAUGCGAUUUUAAAAAAGAAAUACAAGAUACCCCUGGCUUGCAAGAAUUUAUAAGAUCUGUAAAUAUAGUGUCCCCACUUGAGCCGCGAGAUGCGUUUUACGGUGGAAGGACAGAAGGAUUCAAAUUGUACGAAGAAGCCUCAAAUGACCAAAAAAUAAACUACUAUGAUGUGACAUCGUUGUAUCCAUAUGUUAACAAAACUGGAAAAAUACCUCUAGGACAUCCCGAAAUUGUCACAGAAAAUUUCAAAGACAUUACCGAAUACGAGGGUCUGGUCAAGUGUAAAAUUGUACCUCCACGUGGACUCUACCUACCUGUCAUACAUGUAAAGUCGAAUGGAAAACUGCUCUUCAGCCUAUGCAGAUCAUGUGCAGACCAAUACCAGCAGUCGCCAUGUCAGCAUACUGAUCAUAAAAGAGCCUUUCUGGGUACUUGGUUUACAGAUGAGGUCAAACUGGCCCUGUCUCGGGGUUACAAAAUACUGGAAAUCUAUGAAGUUUGGCAUUUUAAUAAGAUAUCACAGUAUGACCAAGACUCCAAAUGUGGCGGUAUAUUCACUGAAUAUGUGAAUACCUUUCUAAAACUCAAACAGGAAGCUAGUGGGUGGCCUGAAUGGUGCAAAACAGAAGAUGACAAGCAGUUAUACAUUCAACGAUUUUAUGAAAAAGAAGGUAUACUUUUAGACUACAACAGAAUAUACAAAAAUCCAGGCCUUCGAUCCUUGGCUAAGCUGAUGCUGAACUCCUUCUGGGGCAAGUUUGGCCAACGUACAAACCUAGCACAGACGUCUUAUCGAUCAACAAGAAAUAAAGAACAUACGUUUGUAAAUGAAGAAACUGUGCAGCUGGACUGGAUAUACAAUGAAGAUUUUAUUGAGGCUUCUUCCCGAACAAACGUUGUUAUAGCUGCAUAUACAACAGCACAGGCCCGGCUUAAACUUUACAGCUAUCUACAGCAUCUUGGAAAACGUGCACUUUAUUGUGACACUGAUUCUAUCAUAUUUUCAACCAGACCAGGGCAGUGGAAACCUCCACUUGGAGAUUAUCUCGGGGAUAUGACUGACGAGGUUUCGGGAAACAAAAUUACGAAUUUUUUUACUGGUGGACCAAAUAACUAUGCAUAUAAAACAAAACAUUGUGAUAAAAAUGGUUAUACAUCAUUCUGCAAAGUUAAAGGAAUCACUCUUAACUUUAAAAACUCCCUCAAAAUAAAUUACGCUAUGGUGGUGGACAUGAUUAAGGGGUCGUCCACUGGUAAUACAGCCAAGGUUGCAGAUAUGAAAAUAUGCCGGGAUAUCAUUAAUACCACACUUGUCACAAGACAAGAAACAAAGGACUAUAGAAUAGUGUUUGACAAAAGAGUAAUCGAUAAGGAUUACCUCACAUAUCCUUAUGGAUACUAA